AUGGCCGUCCGCCUGUGGGUGGUCGCCCUGGCCGCCCUCCUCAUUGUGGACAGAGAAGUGCCAGUGUCGGCAGCAAAACUCAUCUCCCCAAGGAUGCCCAUCUGUGAGCACAUGGCGGAGUCUCCUGUCUGUUCCCAGACAUCCAACCUGGUCUGUGGCACUGAUGGUGUGACGUAUAACAGUGAAUGUCAGAUCUGCUUGAUCCGGCUGAAAACCAAAGAGGACAUCCAGAUCCUGAAGGAUGGCAAAUGCUGA